GUACUUUCAUCACUUCGCCUUUCUCAUCUUCCACUAUGGCUAAACUGGGUUUCCUGUACAAGCUGUUGGUGGGAAUUUGCUCCGUAGCGGCGAUUAGUGCUAAUCCUGCAACGCCAGCACCACCAGCCCAUUGGAGCUAUGCAGAACGCGUGCAUUGGAAGGAACACUUUUCAGCUUGCGGAGGCGAGCACCAAUCUCCCAUCAAUCUCGAAUAUGCUUCAUCCAUUGCAGCCGAUUAUCCGAGUCUGAUGUUUAACAACUACGAUCAGGUGCUUCCCGAGAUGCUAACCAACAACGGACACACCGUUAUGAUGACUGUAAAUAGCCAGUUCAACGAAGAAGUGCCUUUCCUUACUGGAGGUGGACUUACUGAUACAUACAGAUUCUUCCAACUCCAUUUCCAUUGGGGAAAGGACUCACAGUCAGGCAGUGAACAUACUAUCAACGGUCGAGCAUAUCCUGCUGAACUGCAUAUUGUUCACUACAAUACCAAGUACGGAAAUUUUAGCACAGCUGUUGCCCAUCCGGAUGGAUUAGCUGUUUUGGGAAUCAUGAUUGAGCUGCAAGGCAGAGACAAUAUUGCAUUCCGUCAUCUAGAACGGUUUGAUGAAAUCCUGAAUCCUGAUAGUGAUAAGAAAAGCGCUUUGACUUACUCAGUCCCAUUGUCGGAUCUUCUUCCGGAUAAAACUGGAACCUUUUUCCGAUACAUGGGCUCUCUGACCACUCCCGGUUGCAACGAAGAUGUCACUUGGACAGUUUUCGACACUCCGAUCGCCAUCUCAGAGCGCCAGUUGGAAAUUUUCAGGCUGUUAAUUGAUUCAGAAGGCCAACAAUUGGAAGACAACUUCCGUCCCGUUCAAGAGCUCCACGAUCGCGUUGUUCAUUACCGAACAGAAGCUUCAUACUAAGCCUUAUAACUCCUCAACAGUCAGUUUGAACCCCAAACGUUUUCGUUUACUAUUAUAUUGAUAUGUUAUACAGAAGUAGUAAUAUCAAGGCAAUGCCCAUUAUCGUAUAUCAUAUUGUUUAUGGAAUAAUUAAUGGAAUACACUGUCUAUCAUAUGCA